CUGGCAAACAGGCAGAUUGCCGCCCAUGUGCUGCACGUGAUCUCAUUUGGCCCAUCUUAUCUUAUCACCGACUCUUUCCCGUCCCAAAAGUUCACAUCACUCUCCCAAGUUCAAAGGCUGUCUCACAACUAGUCGGGCUUUGGCAGGCCAGGUUCCUCAUCGAUCCCUAAAUAACCAUUCGACAUGUCGUCCAACGUCGGUCUUUCCACACCUCGAGGGUCAGGCACCUCUGGCUAUGUUCAGCGAAAUCUGUCUCUUCUGAAACCCAGGGACACUGGGGUUGGUGUACCCUACAGCCUCGACUCGUCUGCGCGUGGGCCCAAGGCUCGCAAACCAGAUCAAGAAAUCCUAAAUCACGACCGUUUACGAGAGAUUGAAGUCAAAGUCCUAGAAUUGCGAGAACAGCUAGAAGAUGACGAGGUGGACGAAGACAAGAUUGACGAAGAAUGUGACAAACUGCGCGAACAAUUGACCGCAGACAUGGAGCGCAACAAGGACCGAAACCGAUCGGGUGGGAAAAGAACAGAUGGCAAAGGCCUAAAGAGCUAUCAAGUCCAUGAGCUGGCAGAAGCAAAGGAGCGGGAAAGUGAAAGACUGCGGAGAGCCUUGGGCCUCAAGCCUGGCGAGACCCCAGAAGAUGGCGAGCAUCCCAUGGCCAGGCAGGAGAAGAGGCGGCGAGAAAGAGAGGACCAACAGGUGAAAGAGAAACUCGAAGAGAAUAGCUAGGAUAUGUCUUGGUUCUCUUGCUAUUUGGCGCAAAUGCUGCUGAUGCGCAGUGCUGAGGAGUGCCUAUCUAAGGUCGACGAUUUUCAUGCCAGCCUUCUUAGAUUGCGCCGGUAACGAUGCCUCUGCACACCUUGUUAAAGAGGCAAUGCGGUGAGACUGCUGAUAACAGCACCUCUUCGUCUCCGCUGUCGCACCCAAGUGCUUUGCUGGAGUUUAUUGUGCAACGCUAUGAACAGGCGGCGAAGACCGUUGCACCUGGCAUUCCACAGCCAGAGCGCAUCCCGGACGAAAGAUGACCAGUUUCGACGUGCAGCGGAGUUUGCGUUAUCUCUGGGACCAGCCUGGUUUGUUGAUCGGCCUCGAGGCGAGCAGGAUUUUGAAGAUCGGCAGAGUCUUUAUCGCUUAAUGCAGCUGUCCUGAAUCAUGCCUGCGAUUGGCAGCGGCUGCCGUUGGAGGAUUGAGCGGAAUUUGGGCAGUGGCCUGCCAAUUGCACCAAGUUCCUUGACGCUGUCAAGGACGACGAUGCCGUCUCUUACGCCGCGAAAGAGCUGAUAUAGUACUACCAGUUGUUAGUCUAUCAUCCUCAAUGACAAGAGCUACGUGCUUAC